CACAGAUCCAGACCAUUCAGAAAAAGGCUCCACAGGACCCCCGUUGCCCUUCUAACUCAAGCUUGCGUCAGGAGUCAGUGUUAAUUGCAGCGGCCCUCUAUAGUGCCAUCUCGCAGACAACGAAGCAGACGGAGCCAGACAGCAGCGAUGAGGCCGAUGCUGGGCUUCACCCUGGCCGUCUUCCUCUGUGCGUCGGGGCGCGCUGCCCUCCUUCGCUCCGGCGCGGGCGACGAGAGGGAGCGCGCCGUGACUGGCACGAGCUUGCGCGCGAAGGUGGGCUACAUGGUGCAGGACAUGCUUCGGAGCAGGGACACCACCACUCGACACAUCGCGCACAAGGUGCACAAGAAGAUGAAGCUGAGCGAUGCGCUGCCACUGCUGGAGGACAAGCUGCCCAAGGAUGUGUCGUCCUUGUUGCGCCUGUCCAGCGGGGAGCAAGCGGCCAGACAGUUCAGCGAGGUGUCGUUAGCGAAGGGCCGCGUGUACCUGAACAAUAUGAUGUACGACGCGUGGCUCCAACUGGACCAGAUCGAGGUCGAGUGCAAGGAGUUUGAGGAGAGCAACCGCAUGGUCUUCAGCCAGGUAGUGACAGACCUGGAACACCUAGGCUCGGACCUGGCCGACGAGGAACGCCAGAAGUCUGAGGCCGAGGGGGGCAUUGCGGACAUGAACACUCGGAUCAACGACCUUGAGAGUGCCCUGGGGAUUCUGAAGCGGGGCUUCCAGACAACCCGUGAGAAGAACGCGUACGAGCUGUCGCUGCGCCAGGACGACCAGGAUGUCUUCACUGCCAUCCUGCAGCUGUCCAAGUGUCCCAACGCUUACGGUGACGACACGUACUCUCUCGUCCAGUUCCAGAUCUGCGACACGGACAACGGCACCCAGGUGGAGGUGAGCGACGCCGCUCUGGCAGCGAAAUUGAAUCGGUCGCCGCGGGUGCAGAAGGUGCUCCAGGAAGUGCUGGGGGCGGCUAGCUCGGGGGCGCCCUCGCUGCUGCAGAUCGAUCAGGCGCCCCCGCCGCAGUCGGUUAAGCAGCCGAAGGGCGGCUCGAGGAAGUGCCUCAACGGCCAGGUCAACUGCGGCUACCUCCACGACCUCAUGGCGCUCGAGUGGGGCAAGUUUAAGGACCUGGUGGACGAGCUGACGUACAUCAUGCAACGUAAUCGCGACGCCUACGAGGGCGAGAAGGAGAACAUGAACGAGCAGAUUGCGACACUGAGAUCGAACAAGAUGAAGUUUACGGAGAUGCUGGGCGAGUCCAUCUCCGAGAUCAAUUCGCUCACGGCGGCGACGCGCGAGAAGCAGCAGCAGCACCGCGACAUCGAGCGCGCCUUCACCAUGAGGAUGGCGAACUGCAAGAAGCGCAUGAGCGAGAUCCUCUACACUAACAUUUGCGGGACCCGGACCGUGCGCAAUGCGUUGAUGCGGUACAGCAGUGUCUCGCCCACGAAUUCGAUUAAGGAUUGCGACGUGACGGACUGGUCCGCGGGGCCAUGCACUACCGACGGGAGGGGCAGCUCCGUACCCGUAGACUGUGACGACAGCUGCCCCGCCGACGUCGGGGGCGUCGACGUCGACGCGUGCGGCGGCAUGAAGCACCUCACCAGGCAGGUCAUCGUCUCCCCGAACUCCUUCGGCAUGGCUUGCCCCCCGCUGUUCUUUGAGCGCAAGAACGGCACCGAGGGCAUGAAGUGCAACCAGUUUCACUGCCCGGUCCACUGCUCCUUGUCCGAGUGGUCCGGUUGGUCGGGCUGCUCCAAGGAGUGCGGGGGCGGCACCCAGGGGAGGACCCGGUCCAUCCUCGUGAAGCCCAAGAACGGGGGGACGGAGUGCGACGCCACGCUCGAGGAGCAGCCGUGCAACACCGGUUCGUGCGACCGCGACUGUACGCUCAUGCCGUGGACCGCGUGGGAGCCGUGCUCGAUGGCCUGCGGUGGCGGCAUCCAGGAGCGCGUGCGCAAGGUGGACAUCCCCAUCCGCGCGAACGGCAAGUGCCCGGGGCAGAAGCACCCCGACCGCUUCCAGAUGCAGGAGUGCAACACCCAGGACUGCGUCGGCGAUGAGAUCUGCAUCGCCAGGCAGGACCUGGUCAUUGCGAUCGACGGCAGCGGCUCCCUCAAGCAGGAGGGUUUCGACAUCCUCCAGAAAUUCGCUCUAAACCUCACCAGCAGGUACCAGAGCACGUACUACGGCGUGGAGGACAUGCGCAUCGGGCUGGUGCUGUUCGGGAAUGGCGAGUACUUCGACAAUGGCACCGUCGCGGCGGCCCUCGAGGUGGUCCCGAUCACAAGCGACCUGGAGUCCGUCAGCACGGCGAUCGCCGGGCUGCAGUGGCAGCGUGGGUUCACCAACAUGAUGCAGGCCCUCCAGGCGGCCGACAACAUGUUCGCGGAGGGCCGGGACGACGCGCAGAGCGCCGUCAUGGUGCUUUCGGACGGCAGGUACACCAACGCGUACCGCACGACCAUGAAGGCGAGGGCGUUGAAGGACAAAGGAGUGCAGAUUUUCAUGGCCCCGAUCGCCGAUAGCUCGACCGAUAGUCUGCUGGUGCUCAGGGGCUGGGCGAGCGAGCCCUGGGAGACCAACUACGAGCGCAUUCCAGGCCUCACGGCGCUCAUCAACAACGAGCCCGAGUUCGCCCAGAAGUUGCUGGUGAAGUUCUGCCCCCGCGCGUUCUCUCCAUCGCAGAAGAUAGAGGAGGAGACACAGCAGGGCUUCCUCAAGAUCCACGAAGAGGGCUACCCCUCCGACAGCUGCGGCGAGUGGAAGAGAAUGCGCAAUGCCGACACCGCCGAGGCUUGCAUGGAGUUGGUGAAGCAGGUGGGGAUUCUGGCAUUUGCGUUCGAGGAAGGGGGCCGCGGGGCAGGCACCUGCUACUCGGAGGCGAUCGACGUCACCGAUGACCUGUGGGCCGAGGCGGUGAACGACCGCGUCAACCUGACAUGCCCUGGGGGUACAUGGGUCUACAACGAGUACGCCUCUACCUACAUCAUGAACCCGAGCAUGUUCGGAGACCUCUUCGAGGAGGCCUCCUGAGCUCGCGGCCGCGAGUCUCCUCCUCCUCCUCCUCCUUCUCUUCCUUCUCUGCCUCCUCCUCCAGGAUGGGGAGGACCCAUUAGUCCCCAGCAGGCUCGCCGCUUAGGUCAUCACAGUCGGCGGGCUCGCCUGGCGAUACCCUCACCAGCCAAGAGAGCAGGUAUCUCGUGAUCCUCCUUCA